GGGCGAGCGGCGCGCAUGCGCAGUCGCGGGGAACGACGAGCGAGGUGCUGAGCGAGCAAGCUGCGUCACGGGUUACUUCUUGUUUGACUGCGAUUUUGCCGCGAUAGUGAGUCGUUCUGGAGGCGGAGACGAGAUACAGCAGAAUGAGUCGAUCACCACAACAUGCUGUGGCCAAUGGAGCUUCACCAGUUCGUGAAAGGUCGAGGGACCCUUCAUUUUCCCGGUCAAGAUCACGCUCCAGAGACCGACGUGAAACCUACAAACACUCAUCUAGAAGUUCUGGUUCCCCAAGAUACCGCGAGGACCGCUACCGAGAGGAGAAAUAUUCAUCCUCCCGCCGUAGAGAUUCUCGUUCCCCAUCUUACUCCAGAAAUAGAAGGACUAACAGGUCGCCAAUGUCGAAUCGCCGCCGUCAUCAUGGAAGCAGAGAGGACCCAUCCCCGAGCAACUGCCUUGGCAUCUUUGGACUCUCUCUCUACACAACCGAGAGACAGCUUCAUCACCUCUUUGGCAAAUAUGGUCAUAUCAAUGAAGUUCAAGUUGUACUAGAUGCUAAAACUGGUCGAUCAAGGGGAUUUGCUUUCAUCUACUUUGAUCAUGUGGAUGAUGCCACAGAAGCCAAGGAGCAGUGCACAGGCAUGGAGAUUGAUGGAAGACGGAUCAGAGUAGAUUUUUCCAUCACAGAAAGAGCCCACACACCCACUCCUGGCAUAUACAUGGGUCGACCAACUUAUUCUAACAAUGGUCGUAGAGGUGGCGGUGGAGGUGGAGGAGGAGGAGGUCGCCACAGAGGUGGUGGAUACGGAGGAGGCAGUCGCAGUCGCCGGUCCCCUCCUCGCAGAUCAUACCGCUCACGCUCUCGAUCAUACUCUCCACGCUUGAAGAAUGGAAGUAUUGGUGAAUAUUGGAAGAUGAGAAAAUCUUAAUGAGUCAGAAGAUUAGAAGGACUGGCCGGGUUUCUUUGGGGAACAUUGGAGAAGAAUUGUUGGCGAAGACAGAACAGGCUGACAAUAUUCACCACUGUUGUAAUAACCAAGAAAUGGAAUGUUUCCAAGCAUAUGAAGAUCUCACACUAGAAUUUUGUGAAGCUUCAAGGGAAAUUGGAGAAGUAAUGAAGAUGGCAGUUGGUUUGAAGAAGGAAAUAAAGCGGGUAAAAGGGUAACACAAGAAAAAACAAGGGAAGGCAGUAAGGAAGGGGAGGAAAGUUGAAGCAAAGUCGCAAAAAACUGGGUCAAGACGAAGGAAUGCAAGAGUUUUCUCAGGUCAAAAGGGCGUAUGGUCAACCCGAGUCUUCCUUGUUGAACACCACAUCAUCAUCAUCCUCAUCCUCACAGGGGAAGUGUCAGUACUGCCAUGAGGUAAUCCUUCGUCUCAUUUAUGUUGGAAACCCUCCGAUAACAGCCUCUUUUUACAAGAUUUUCAUAUCCAAGUAGACACACAUUCCAACAGGGAUUCCUUAAACUAGGAAAAAGAUUUUGGGAACAGGUUCACACCAUCAGAAGAAAGUCAUUAAAUCCCUUCCAGCCACUUUUUACUCUUCUUUUUUUCUCUCUCAAAUUUCAUUAGUUGGGGAGACCAGUUUUUUCCUUGUUAGUGUGAAGCUUCUUGUACAGCAAAGAGCUCAAGUGUAGAGAUCUUGAUAUCAUAAUUCAUGGAAAGUUACAAAUAAUUACAUUUAAAGGAGCAUGUGCUUUCUGGAUUCCAACUGCAAAGAAAGCUUUUUUUCAGUUGUUUCAAACAUAUACCAUCAGGUAAUACAAAAAGUAUACAGUGGAAGUUGUUGUUCUUAUCAAGUACUAUACAAUAUGAAAAAUGCCUUGGCCCUGUUGGAAAUUGAAUAGAGCAUUAUCCAAGAGGGUAAACUUGGCUUUCCUUCUGUUGUAUUGUGACUUGUUAGUAUUUUAUAUACAUAAAAAGGUAAAGAAUAUUGCAGCCAAAAAAAGUGAAUGGGGUUUUACUAAUAAAGAUCUUGCUUUUCAGGUGCCUUCUUUUUUUUUUUCUUUUCUUUUUUUUAUAGAAUUCAACAUGCCAUUGAUGGCCUGUAUAUUUCUACUCUUACAACUUUUUUCCCCCCCAUAUAAAAUGGAAAUUAUCAAGACCUGAAACAUUGUAAUCUAAAUCUGAAAGUGAGUUUAAGGACCAACUUUUUACAUAAACAGAUAUAGUUGUGCCUCUACUAUCUAACCAUUUUUCAUGAAUUCAGCUUGAUCACUUGAAUCACUGGAACAGGUACACUGAGGCUCUCUUAUCUUUCUCUAUUUGUUUGACUUCGGUAAACUGUGGGAAGUUAUUGGUAUAGUUCUGGUCGGGGAUUGAUAAUAAGGAAAGUAAACAUUUCCAUAGUAAUUCAUGAGGGAUUUGCAAAAUGGACAUCUUUGUGAAUGAGUAAAAUUCUGCAUCUUCCAUUGCCUGGUAAGUCAUGUAUGUUUCACAUAUUUUAGAAGCUAAAACUUUGUUAAAGUUAAUGUUUUGCUAAGUGACACUCAUUUUCUUUUCUCUUAUUUUAUAUUUUUUUUCUAAUAGCUUCUGAAUGGUAGAGCCAUUAUCUCCGAUUGGGCAUAAGAUUAGAAUGGUUUUGCUUGUUGAAGUAAUGGUAGUUCAUAUUGUUUGGAAUUGCAUCUCAUAAUUGCUUCUAACCCUAAUUAAAUUAAAUCACACUUGCAUGACAUGCUUUUUGACAAACAUACAUUCAUGAUAUCACAUAUUUUAGAUAAAACAGUUUCAAACCACCUUAAAAUUGGCCAGAAUAAAGAUCUUUCUUUUCUUUUAAUCUUUUUGGAUAGAACAUUUAAGUCAGUUAAAAGUAGUUAUAGGAAUAAGUAAUACCACCAGUUGCAUUUCAGAUAAACAACAAAACAAAUUGAAAUGAAGUUGUGACUUAUUAAUAAAGUUUAUAUGAAUGA